AUGGGCCCCCUUCUGGAGCAGGUUGGAUCAGGGAAAGAGUCUCUGAGCUUCAUGAGGAGGCGGAUACGCAGGUUGGCUGUGCAGUGGGCCGUAGCUGCUCGCAGGCUGGACGAGCAUCUGCGCAGCCAACAGCGGCAGCAGAAGAGGGUGCUCAUACACAUGGGUUUUCUGACAGAGGAGUCUGGUGAUGUGUUCAGUCCUAAGGUGUUAAAAGGAGGGCCGCUGGGUGAGAUGGUGCAGUGGGCCGACAUCCUCAGUGCACUUCAUGUGCUGGGACACGACCUCAAGAUCUCACUGUCAGUCAAAGAGCUGCAUGGGUUUCUUGGUGUUCCCCCAGGAAGAGGAAGUUGCCCAUUGCGAGGACCUUUGCCCUUUGACCUCAUCUACACCGAUUACCAUGGACUGCAGCAGAUGAAGCAACACAUGGGCCUCUCCCUCAAAAAGCACAGAUGUCAUAUCCGAGUGAUUGACACAUUUGGUACUGAGCCAGCAUAUAACCAUGAGGAAUACGCCACCCUGCAUGGCUACCGGACCAACUGGGGCUACUGGAACCUCAACUGCAGACAGUACAUGACUAUGUUCCCACAUACUCCUGACAACUCCUUCAUGGGCUUUGUUGCUGAAGAACUAAACCACACGGAGAGGCUCAACAUUCAGAGAGAGAAAGUCAACAAUAUGGCAGUGAUCUAUGGCAAAGAGGCCAGCAUGUGGAAGGGGAAAGACAAGUUUCUCACCAUCCUGCACCGCUACAUGGACAUUCAUGGAACAGUCUAUUAUGAAGCCCAGAGGCCUCCAGAAAUACCUGCCUUUGUCAAAAACCAUGGCUUGUUGCCCCAACAAGAGCUUCAGCAGCUUCUUAGGAAGGCCAAGCUUUUUGUGGGAUUUGGUUUUCCUUAUGAAGGUCCUGCCCCUUUGGAGGCCAUAGCCAAUGGCUGCAUUUUCCUUCAGCCCAAAUUUCAUCCACCCCGUAGCUCUCUCAACAAUGAGUUCUUCAGAGGGAAGCCCAUGUCCAGAGAGGUGUCUUCUCAACACCCCUACACUGAACAGUACAUUGGCAGACCACACGUCAUCACUGUGGACUAUAACAAUACAGAGGAAAUUGAGGCGACUAUUGAGGAAAUCCUGAAAGCUAAGGUAGAGCCCCUUUUGCCUUAUGAAUACACCUCCGAAGGAAUGCUAGAAAGACUGAAUGCUUACAUCCAGCAUCAGGACUUCUGUCGCAUCAGUAGCCCCUUUCCAUCAGCCAAUGAGUCCAAACUGUGGCCGGGGAAUCCACCGAACCCUUUUGUCCUCAUGCCCAACUCCACAGGUGUGGAAUGGGCCUCAAACAUCAGUGCUCCAGUAUCUUGGCCCCCUCUCAGUGCCCUGAGGCUGCUCCUCAGUCCUGAGGCCUCAUCAUGUGUGAAGACAUGCCAGGAUGCUGGCCUCAUCUGUGAGCCUGCCUUCUUCCCUUUCAUUAACAAUAUGGAGGCCUUCAAUGGGUGAGGAUUUUAAGGAAAAUAAGUUUUUUUUUUUUUUAAAUAAGUUGUUCAAUAAUAUGAAUGUCAUUAUGAAACGAAAGUAGACAGGACCAGAGACAGCAGAAGCUUCACUUGUUUGCUCUAUCCAAGACAACACAACAGCACAGCAAUUAUUUAUGCAUAAUAUCUAAAUUGGGUGGUGCUGUGGUGCAGCAGGUAGGUGCCUUACAGAUCCAUGGCCCAAGGUGCACCACUGAGCUCCAAUUACUGUUUACAUGUGGUUCUCUAUUUUAAACAGGCAUAAGUGAGUGAAUGAGCGCAUUAUGCCAUGCAGUGGACAGGUGUGCCAUCCAUGGUGUCUGCUUGUCUUAAGCUUAGUGUUUGCUGAAGAGGCUUCAAACCCAGUAAGACCCUAACCAUGAGAAAGCAGUCAAGAUGAAAAUAGAAAAUUAACACAUUCUAUUUAAAUUUUCUUCUGUAAACUCAAUUACACAUUGACUGCACAUUGUAGUCAUUGAAGUGAGUUGAGAGAGACUUGAAAUGCUAGCCAGCUAUUUUGCUAGCUAUCUAAUGUAACUAUCUACCUCACAUGGUUUAAUCUAACUACACAAAACAUUGUGAUUGGCUACUUUAAGAUAGUGGAACUGUUCAUAACAUUUUCUCUUAUACCCUGAUUUUUGUUCCUUCGUAACCUUAGAUGCAAAGUUUAUAGGUGUGUCAGAUACUGUGGUGAGUGAGACAGGGGCACUGCAUGAUACUGUCCUCAAUCAUUUCUUAUUUACCUUCUACAACUCGAACCUCAGAUACAACUCAGAGCUUCCACCAAAAAGUUCUUAGAUAACUGCAGUUGUGGAGUGUA